AUGAAUUCCUCAUCCACACAGUUUGCGACCUCAAGGAGGAUGGCCAUAUAUGAACCAAUCCACCCGUUUAGCAUGUGGACAGACUUCAAAGGCAAUGGCUAUCCAAACACAGUUGCGUCAACAAUGGUAGAGGUGGACACAAACCUAGACAACCAGUCAGAGGAUACUUCACACGGAACACGGGAGCAGGAAGCGACAAAACCUGUUGAUAAGGUACUGAGACGUCUUGCACAAAACCGUGAGGCUGCUCGUAAAAGUCGUUUGCGUAAAAAAGCCUACGUUCAGCAGUUAGAAACUAGUCGGUUGAAACUGAUGCAGUUAGAACAAGAGCUUGAACAAACUAGACCACAUGGUGGGUAUAUAGGUGGUGGAUUAGAUGCUACUCAUCUAAGUUGCUCUGGAGCUGGUGGGUAUAUAGGUGGUGGAUUAGAUGCUACUCAUCUAAGUUGCUCUGGAGCUGUAAACUCAG